GUCCAGCAAGACUAUGAAUCUCUGUUCCAAAUGCUUUGCUGAUUUUCAAAAGAAACAACCAGAUGACGAUUCCACUCCAAGUACAAGUAACAGCCAAUCAGAUUUGUUUUCUGAAGAGACCACCAGUGACAACAACAAUACCUCGAUAACCACGCCAACUCUUAGUCCCAGCCAGCAGCCGCUUCCGACAGAACUGAAUGUAACUUCACCAAGUAAAGAGGAGUGUGGGCCAUGCUCAGACACAGCUCAUGUCUCGUUAAUCACACCAACCAAAAGAUCCUGUGGUACAGAUUCACAGUCUGAGAAUGAGGCUUCGCCAGUGAAACGGCCACGACUACUGGAGAAUACUGAACGAUCCGAGGAAACCAGCCGAUCUAAACAGAAGAGUCGACGUCGGUGCUUCCAGUGCCAAACCAAACUGGAGCUGGUGCAGCAGGAAUUGGGAUCGUGCCGCUGUGGUUACGUGUUCUGUAUGUUACAUCGCCUCCCUGAGCAGCAUGACUGUACAUUUGACCACAUGGGCCGCGGCCGAGAGGAAGCCAUCAUGAAAAUGGUGAAACUGGACCGGAAAGUGGGGCGCUCCUGCCAGCGCAUCGGGGAGGGGUGCUCCUGAAGGCCAGGCACGGCCACCACAUGAUGCUGUUCUUAGUUCACUAAUGUUAGCCUUAUUUAGGACAAAGUCAGCCAGACACCUUGUACUGGGCACGCGUCAGACUACAGCCAGUCCGUUUCCUUUCUUUAGCCAGCCAUCCUGGUACUGUAGUUUAGGGGUUGAUGGUGGUUGAAAUUGAUUUCUGGCUGGUUACUAAGGUGCCUGCUAGCCAUUGUAUAAAAUUAAAACAUGAAGAAUAUUUUUUUUGAGCAUGGCUAGUGGAUUUAAAACAACACAUACCUGUCACUGCUGGAGUCAAACUUAAAAAAGCCUUAAGUGGAAAGUGUUCCAGACGGAGACUCUGAGUUAAUAGAGGAGUAGAAGCUGGUGUUAAAGUCCCCACGACGCACAUGGCUUUGCCAGAAACUCUGGUUAAUGUUCGGCCUUUCACCUCUUCACUUAUCCUUAGUCCCAGUAGCCAGGAUCCCUGAUGGCCACGCGUGCCUGGGCUGCAGGAGGCUGCUGAGAUUGGCCACGUGGCUGGGCUGGGUGGUGGCCUUGCUCUCCCACAGAGCUGGAAAUGGGGGUGGGGGGCAGGUUCUCAUGAAAAUUUUUUAUCUGACUUGCUAUGAAAAAACUCUCUCAUCACGCAAGAAGAGAAACAGUAACCUCACUUUGAAAAUUAGCUCCACUCAAGACUAGUCCACGAAGGAGACCACCUUUUCUACACAGGACCUAUGGUCAUGAGAAGCCACCAGGGGCACACCCUGACCCCGCUGGCUCUGGUUUGCCAUUUGCCAAGUGCAGGGAUCUGGCAGUUGAUCAAAUAAGGCUAAUUGCAGCACAGCAGCUGCCGUUGGGGUCUACAAACUGGCCUCUGCAGCUAGAUUUCUAUAUUGGGAGUUUUUUAAAAGACGUUUCAUAGCCAAGAGGAAUCAGUAGAAGUGCUGGGGAGCACCUGGGGAAGUUGCUGCCUUUUCCAGCAGGAGCGUGCUCAGCCCCUCUCCCUCUAGGGGCCAAGAGGAUGAUGCUGUGGUCUCGCCUCGUGUCUGUGCAGCCCCGUAGUCCGAGGAUAACCAGUCCACAUGUACCACAUAGCGGUUUAGUAAGGGCAGGCAGCGUAUGUCACAGGGACUGCGGGUUUGACCUGUCUAGAACAGUGGUUUGUGGCCAUGGCUCAGCUCCGAGAAAGACAUUUGCUCCACUGGGUGGGGGUGGGAGGGCAUAUUUCUCAGCCUGUGCCUCUUCACGUGGGCAGGGAGGAGUUCAGUGGCUUCAGUAGCUUGGGAAGGGUAGUGAUGGGCCUAUUUGCCUAUAUUAGGAAAUCAUCACCAGUCAGGUGGGGGUGGGGUCAGUAGACAGGAUUAAGAGUCCCUUGAAAGCCUGAGCAGGGGUGAGUAGCCCAGAGCCCCCGUCUGAUCCAGGUCUGUGAGAGUUGGAGGCUCCUGCAGGGGCAGUUUGGGUCUGCCCACACACGAGGUACUGGAAUAGUUUAACCCAGCAACUUUCCCUUUUAUACCACAACAAACGUUCAGCUCUGUCUGCAAAUUAACAGCUAAACACCUACAACUACAAAUAUUUUUUGAUCUGAAGUACUGAAAUAGGAAAUCAUGCUCUUCCCAACCUGCUCCUCCCAGCCCACCCCCACCAGAGUGGAAUCCACUGCAAAAUCUCCAGCCUUAAUUCUUGCUUCAGGACCCAGACCGGUGUCUUGCUCUAGGGCAGCCCAGGGCAGAGGGGCCAGGUCUGUUCGCGUUUACCACUGUUGUCAAGCCACGGCCCUCUGGCCAGUACAUGGCCAUCCUCAGUGAGGCGGCCCCGUCUAGGCCCCCUGCGAAGCUCUGAUUGAAGAGGCCAGCCACGCGCCCUUCUGGCCCUCCUCAGGUCCCGUCGGCUGCUGCAGCGACGGGAAGCAGGCUCUCUGGGGAGCCCGGCGGCACACAGGGCUCGAAGCCCAUGUUCACUUCCUGAUGGUAGAGCUGGGGGUGGGGGGGAAGGGCUUGUUCCCCUGCAGUAUCUGUUCUGUGAAGUUUGUUAAAUGUAAGGAAAGCUUAAAUUCUUGUAUCUUUAAAAGAGAAAAUCUUAUUUAACCCUUUUAUGUUCUAGAUUUACUUACACACAUAGCCUAGAG